UGUGGGCAGGAGUGCAGCCAGGGGCAAAAAGACUAACAGCCCUGAUGGAGGGGGCGCGGCGAGGGGUAUAAAACCCCGGGGCUUUUUGGUGGGGAGCGCUUACUUGGUCCUGUAUUUCCGGGUCAUGGUGGGAAUCCAGGACUUGCCGUGCGUGGCAAGGUUUGUGAGUUUUCGGUGCGGGCUGGGACGUCCCAGGUGGUAGUUGAGUGGAGGGUGGGGGGUUGGUGGUGUCUCAGGACCUGCUGUGCUUUGGUGUGUUGCGGGGGUGCAGGUGAUCGGAAGUGAGCUUGAUAUUGGUGUGGUAUCCCUAGGGAGUCGUGGGAGCGUUUUAUCGGUCUGGAGUCCCUGGGGCUUUUAGUGGGUGAGGGAGAUUUUGGCCUGAGACCGACAGCGAAACGUAGUCUGAUGGUGGGAAACUGCACCGUGGGGGCCUGCAUCUAGGCAGUUUUUUUCUGAGUGAAGGGCAGGUCGGCUUCUCUAGGACCUGCUGUCCCUGUGACUGCUGGGUGGCAGGGAUCCGCUCUACUUUGUGAUAAAGAUCUCUGCUUUAGUUGUUGUAGGCUGGGUGGCCAUUUGGCUUAUUUUCCGUCCCCCUGUCUGUUUCUGCCUGGAGUAUUGGGGUUCAGCUGGCCACCUCUGGUUUGUGGCUGUGGGGGGGUUAGGUCAGGCGGGAACCUCUGAGGGCUGUUGGCUGACUGUCCAGAUGGCUUCUAGCAUCACUGGUGGGGUCCAGGUAUCAGGACUUUCGUUUUUAAUAUUUUAUUAUGGAAAACUUUUAAAACUAAUGCUUAGAAUAGUACAGUGAAACCCAUGAACACAUCAACAGAUUCAGCAUUUAUUGAUUCGUGGUCAAUCUUAUUUCAUCUACAUCCUCUCAACCCUGUGUGGAUCCCCUCUGAGAGGUGUUGCACCCCACGGGACGGGUCACUACUGACAUUAUCACUGGCCUGCCUGGCUACAAAUGUGGCACUCCACAGCUAGAGUUCAAAUCUACGCACUUUAGUUUUGUCACCCUGAGCAAGAUAUAUGCCCUCUCUGUGCCUCAGUUUAUCAAGACCUGGAAGUGUUUCUGGUAUGUUUUGUAAGUGUUACUAAAUUCAGGUUCCCACCAUUCUUGUCCCAGCGGCAUUUCAUCCUGGCCGGUGGAUUCCCAGGACUGUGCCAGCUGCUGUGGAAACGGAAGUAAUAGUUGCUGUCAUUUAGUAAGUAGUUGUUCUGUGCUGGACGCUGGACUUUGUAGUCACUGCGAUAUUUGAUUUCCUCAGCCAGUUUGAAAGUUGGUAAUCAGAACUCCCGUUUUAUAGAAGUUAAUAUGUGUAACAUGGCCAGGAUCGGGAUUGGGAGCUUCAUCAAUUAUGCGUGUUCUCCUAUUCCUGUUUCAUCCAGUACUUUCCAAUCCCCAUUUUGUUCUCCCUGCUAGAGUAUUUGGAAGCAAAUCUGAAACACCAUACCAUUUCACCUGUAAGUACUACAGUAUGCAUUUCCAACAGAUAAAGAUUAUUUUUUGAAAAUAUAGCUAUAGUACUGUUAUUCCAGUCAACGAAAAUAACAGUAAUUCCUUAAUGCCUUAAUACCCAGUUGGUUUUGAAUGUUUUCCAUUUGUCCUAAAAAAUGUCUUUUCACUUCAAUCCCUACUGGCUUUCAGCAGUAAGAAGCAUGAGUGGUAGGAGCAUCUGGAAUCAGCAAGGUGAAUUCUCCCUUCCGCUUCCGUAUUCUUUCCGAUUUCCCAUCCAUCUCGUUAGCUAUUGCGUCGUCUGAAUUCCACCUUGACAGGUAAACCCCUCGGUUCUUCCCCUCCUUUCAUCCGUGUUCCUGUGCUACCCAGGUUGUCAUCUCUUCUCCACAUUUUCACUUCCCCUCACCCUGCCUUUUGAGUUGUUCCUCUGAGGUAAAAAUGAUGAUGCCACUCACUUCCUAAACAGGGCCAUUUCUUAUUGCCUACCUCUGACUCUGCCCGAACUCAGUGGUUAACGGUGACGGUUCCUUCCUUUAGGUAGGCCCGGGUGUUGCCUGGGCCUUGGCUUGUAGAUGAUCCUCACAUGGCAUCGUCUUCCCACCAGUGUUUUCUUAUGAUGCUGUUCAUGCUUACAGAAAAUUGAAAGGUAUGUUACACUGAAUGUCUGUAUGCCCCCCUACGUGAAUGGAUAGAUACGUGAUGAAGCAAACAGGGAAAAAUGUAAAUAAUUGGAUCACAGUUGUCAAUGGAGAAACUCUGGUACUUUGUUAGGAGUAAUCAAGAAAUGUUAUGGAGGAACAGAAUAGUUGUUGCUGGGCAGCAUAGUAUAAAAUUACAGUGUGCUCCCGUGUUCAGAAGGAGAUACAUGUUUUUUAUACAGGAAAACCAUAAGCAUAUCUUUCUCUUUCUAACCACAAGCGUAUCUUUGUGCAUGCUUUAUCUUCACCACAGUUGGUUCUCUUUCCUGUUUUUCUGCUUUCACGGUUUUUCUGUUUUAGAAGUUAUGGGUUAUGUAUUCGGAAGAGAGCAGAAACAAACACAAAAUGGAUUCUGAUCCAGACCUGUGUGAGCCAUGUCAGUUAUGCCGCGUGCCUCCGUUAGAGUGCUCCUGCACCUAGUUUCACAAGAAGAUUUUCUCAGGUCCUGGAUGCAUGGAGACAAGAGGGCUUUCAUAAUGAGGUUUGAAGCAGGCCCCCAGGCAGCAGAAAUCCAUCUUGAAGUGAAAUAACUUCCGACUGGCCCUGUGGCAGAAUUUCAAGGCAGUCACUGGACUGACUGGGGCCAUUAUGUUGCCUGAUCCUUCAGACCGGGGAGAGCAAGACUGGGAGAAGACUUUGACUUCAAAGAACAGGGAAGAUGUGGAGACUAUGAAGAAAUUGACUCCAAAAUAUGAGGCUAAAGGUUUGUCUUCUAAGGAUAUUGACUGGCCCCAAGAGAAGAGGAAGCCCACAAUGCUGGAACCAGUUACAUUCGAGGAUGUCACUGUGGUCUUCACGGAGGCAGAAUGGAAGAGACUGAGCUCUGAGCAGAAGCACCUAUACAAAGAAGUGAUGCUGGAGAUUUACAGGAAUCUGCUCUCAUUGGCAGAACCGAAGCCAGAACUCCACGCCUGCUCCUCCUGCCUUCUGGCUGUCUCCUGUCAGCGAUUCCUCAGCCAACACGUGCUUCCCAUCUUCCCAGGCUUCUGUGCGGAACAUCACGUCCAUCCAGGACGUUCCAGCCCAGGGCAUCAGAGGCAGCCAGAGCGGCAGGAUUCUGAUCAGAGCUACUGGAGGGAAAACACAGAAGGUCAAGAGAGAGAAGUCUCCAGACCCUUGUGUGGGAGAAUAGGGGAAAGAGGGACUUCCAGGGCGUUCUCCAGCCCACCCCAAAGACGGUCAGCAAGCCCUAGAGAAGGCAACACAGAGGUAGGGGUGGAGCCCAACUCAGCCCAAAGGGUAAAGUCUGUGCAAAGAGGCCAAGGGUUGAAGGAAUUAGAAACCUCAAGAUUUGGAGCAGUCAGCUCUAGAGAAGAUGAACCAGACUGUGGCGUGAAGUCAGACUUCAUCACACACCAGAGGUCCCUCUUACAGGAGAAGCCCUAUAUUUGUAGUGAGUGUGGCCGAGGUUUUCACCAGAAAUCCCUUUUUUUAAUGCACUGGAGGACACACUCAGUGGAGCAGCCCUACAUGUGCAGUGAGUGUGGCCAGGGAUUUAGCCAGAAAUCAGUCUUCCUUAUUCACCAGAGGACACACUCAGGGCAGAAGCCACAUGUGUGCAAGGAGUGUGGGCGUGGCUUUAGCUGCAAGUCAAAUCUCAUCGGACACCAGAGGACACACUCAGGGCAGAAGCCACAUGUGUGCAAGGAGUGUGGGCGUGGCUUUAGCUGCAAGUCAAAUCUCAUCGGACACCAGAGGACACAUUCAGGGCAGAAGCCACAUGUGUGCAAGGAGUGUGGGCGAGGGUUUAGCAUCAAAUCAAAUCUCAUCAGACACCAGAGGACACACUCAGACGAAAAACCUUAUUUGUGCCUGGAGUGUGGGCGAAGCUUUAAGCAGAAAUCAACUCUCGACACCCACCAGAGGACACACACAGGUGAGAAACCUUACAAGUGUCUGCAGUGUGGUCGAGGCUUUAACUGGAAAUCGUGUCUCCUUAAACACCAGAGGACACACUCAGAGGAGAAGCCGUAUGUGUGCAAGGAGUGUGGCCGAGGGUUUAAACAGAAAUCAAGCCUCCUUGUACACUGGAGGACGCACUCGGGGGAGAAGCCAUACGUGUGCAAGGAGUGUGGGCGAGGCUUUAACAGAAAACCAAAUCUCUUCAGACACCAGAGGACGCACUCAGGUGAGAAACCUUACGUGUGCCUGGAGUGUGGCCGAGGCUUUAACUGCAAAUCAAGUCUCAUCACACAUCAGAGGAAACACUCAGGCAUGUCUUACCGAUAGUAUCCUAUUGUUGCAACAUUUGUCCAGAGGAGGUCGCAAAGCCUCCAGAGAAAAAUCAGUUAGCCCAAGCGUUUGGUAAGUACUUCGGACAUAUUACUUCAGCAAAAGGGGUAACUAUAGACCCCAAAAGAAAAGAGAGCUUAUCCUGUCUCUGCUAACCAAGACCAGAGGGUUUCAAGGAUGCUGCUGCUUUAGCUGUUGGAGAAGUUGGAUACCUAAUCUUUCUCUGCUGGGUCAACCUCUUUAUCAUUAUGCAUAGAGUUCAGAGCUUGACCCCUUCCACCUCUCCGAGGAUAGCUGAAUGUCCAUAAGUCAACUAAAAGAAGCAUUAACACUGCUGCUCGAGAGUUCCCUAAUUAUAAUUCAGCAUUUUCACUUUUUCUCCCUGACAUUUCAGGGAAUGCUUCAAGACUCCUCAAAAACAUGGAGAGCAAUAGAGACCCAUUGCUUAUUAUAGCAUACAGCUGGACCCCGUCACAAGGGGGAGAGUAGUCGCUACAAUUGCUAGACUAGUCAAUGCCAGACCAUAUAUUGUUUCAGGAAAUUUUCUUGACAUUUAUGUCCCUCAUGUAGUGUCAGCCAUUUUAUAUUCAGCAGUUACUCAACACCUGUCGGCUAGCAGACUGCCUUCUUAUGAAGUUCCUUGGGCCGCUUCUAAUAUUAGGUUACAUACUAUAACCUCUCUGAAUCCAGCCACAUUGGUACCUUUACCUAAUGAUGAUCAUCUACACCACAAUUGCUUAAAUUUUAUCAUACCUCUUUUGUCUCCUAGACUAGAUUUACAAGAAACUAUGUUAUUGAAUCAAUUUAGUUCUUUUUGUUGAUGGAUCAUAUUUAAAGCUUGAACCUACCAACACUCAUUACCAGGAAGCAUAUGCUGUGACUGCCUCAACUGAGGUCCUGGAAAGUGGCAGUCUUCCUGAAGCCACUUGAGCUCAGCAAGCUGAACUAAUUACAGGUACAGAGGCUUGGAAAAAGGCUUGUGGAUGGUCGGUAAAUAUUUUUUACUGAUCUAGGUAUGCUUUGGAGUUACUCAUGGUUUUGGCAUGUUACAGAAACAAAGGGGGUUCCCGACUUCUUCUGGGAGCCAAGUUAAAAAUAGGCUUUUUAGUAGCAGACCUCUUAGAAGCCCUUUUGCUCCUCUCUGAGAUUGCUGUAAUUAAAAUCCAGGCCCACCAAAUCAAAGGAGCUCCACGAACAUAGGAAAUUAAAGGAAACAACUUAGCUGACAGAGCAGCUAAACAAGCCACUUCCCAGUCACCCUUUAAAGAUGCUGCACUCAUUCAUGACCAUGAUAAUUACGCUCGUGAUCAUGAUGAAAAGGAGAGAAUAGAUAACAAUGAACAGGACGCUUGUAAAUAUGGCACCUGUAAAAUGUUGCUCACCAAAAUUUGACCCCCCAAAAUUUUGGGAUCACUUUUCAAACACUUAACAAUUAACUCCCCCAAGGAAACUACAGAAAGGGAACAAGUUGGCUAUCGUCAGGAUCCAAAACAGUGGACUGUGGAUCAGUCCUAACAAAAAACCCAUUUUGCCAUAAUGCUUACAUGUUCCUAUGGUUAGGAAUGACUGGAAUGAUGAUAUAGAAAUAAUGACAGAUAAACUAAUCAGGGCUUUAGAAGCCCAUUGAUAGGGAGAUUUUCCUGUCACUGUAGACGAUGUUUUUUGCUAAUGGUUUUAAGGAUCACACCCCACCUUGUUUCAGUCCUGUUAAUUCUUCUCACAAGAUUUUAACAGUUUUGUAUGGUCCCUCAUACUGGGGGACUGUUUCAGAUGAUGAACAACCUUUUACCAUGCUUGGAGAGAAUCCCUCUAGGCCUGAAGGAGUUGCCUUAAAGGAUUCAUUUGACUGUCAAAAAUCAGCCCCACAGGAUGAGGUUGAAAAAUGGAAGAAACAUGGUUGCUCCCAAUGCUCCCCCUCUGGGAUAUGGAUGGAAUUCAAGGAGAACUUAGUUCUCCCCAAAUUCCUGCAAGCCCAUGUAUUGGAGGCAUUGCACAUGAAUACCCAUUUGGGAAGAGAUAAGAUGACAGGAAUUGUAAACAAGUAUCGGUGAGGCAUUUUUAUGAAGCCAUUGAACAAGUUGCUUCCUGAUGUUUGACUUGCUCUCAGUUUAAUUCAGGCAAACUUAUAAAGCUCCACCUGGGAGAUUUCCCUUGCUGUCAGGACCAAUGCUUGAAUGGCAGAUUGAUUUUUACCCAACUACCCCCUGCAAGUGGUCACAAGUUUGUAUUAGUAAUGAUUUGUAGAUUUUCUCACUGGGUAGAAGCUUUCCCCAGUCCUCGAGCUACUGCCGUGUUUAUGGAUAAGAAACUUCUUGACAUCAUUAUUCCACUUUGAGAGAACCACGGGUCCUUUGUAGUGACCAAGGCACCAAUUCUACUGGGCAAAAAAUUAAGGAAAUAUGUAGAAUCUUCCCAAUUUUUCAAACACUUCACUGUCCUUAUCACCCUCAAUCCUGUGGUCCAGUUGAAAGAACUAAUGGUAUAAAGAAAUUCAACUAGCCAAACUUCCCAAAUCUUUACAAUUGCCUUGUACUAAGGUUCUGACUCUGGUCCUUUUAAAUGUAAAAACUACUCCAUUUGGACCUCACAAAUUUCUCCUCAUGAAAUUAUCACUGGAUGGCCAGUGGCCCUCCCCUAUUGAGGUAUAUGCCCUGAUUCAAAUUUAGUUCAAUCUGAUUUCAGUACUGUAAAUCUUUGAUCCAGUAUUCUAAAGAAUACAAAGGUUAAGGAAGAUUUUGAUAAUGAAAGGCAAGAAAUAUCAAAAUUAAACCUAAUGUUCAACCUGGAGAUUAUGUUUACUGGAAAAGACACCAACUUAAAUAUUCUCUUGAACUUCAGUGGGAAGUACCGUAUUUGUUCCUUCUCACUAAUCCUUGUGCCGCUAAAUUAUAGGGAGUUAAACUUUGGAUUUAUUUAUCCCAAGUGAAGAAAGCUCUGACUCCUGAAUGGACUGUUGAGCCUCAGGAAGGUUUGAAAUUAAAAGUCAAACGUCACGAGGAAAAGAAGCUGAUGAUGGCUAAGUAGACUGCUUUCCUGAGAUCCUUGGACCUGACCUGAAACUGCCUAUGCAACCUGUAGUAAAAGUUGGACUGCUUGCCUUUUUCUUUAUGAUUUUUAGGUAUCUUCAUAUCAUUAGCUGCUAUGCAUGAUUGUGGACUUGUAUCCUGGUGGUUUUGAUGAUCAUAUUAUGCAAGUUGUAAUCUUUGAAAUAAGUUGUUUAAAUGAAGGCUUUAACUUGCUUUGAAUUUUUCUUCGUCACUGGAAUCAUAAUUUUUAGUUCUGGAUAUUUUGAUGGAUUUAAUGAUCUAACUCGUCUCGAUCAUUAUAUUCAUUUUUGCUUAAUUUGAAUGUAUAACUUGCCAUUGCUUUCGAAAGACCUGUUUCUUUUUUAAACUCGAACUUUUAGAAUAAAAAAUUUUCAGUGUAGAGGUACUAAGAAUUUGUUUUCCAAUUAUUCUGAUCCUUUUUAUUUUCAUUGGACUCCAACUGUGGCUUAUUAUUCCUUGUAUUUAAUAUCUUGUUCUUCUCCUGAAAACCCAAACCCCUUUUUAUAACACUGCUUUUACAGAAUAGUUAUAUUUCUUAUGACCUCAGAUUGGAAUCCAUAUCAAUUCCCUUGUUUUAAAUUCUAAGCACAUUUUUAUAAUUGUUGCUACCAUUUAUAUUCUGUUAACGCCUUGCUAUUGAUGGCUGUCACAGAUUAAUUCAGUAUGACACGUGAAUAUUAGAGUAACAGUGUAUCUUUUUUAUCAUUAGCCUUCUAAUUAUGUUUGCCCCUUAUUGGUUAGUAGCCUUUUUAGCC